AUGGCUGAUCUCUCCGCCAACAUUGUUUCCGACGAGCACGCCUCGCCCUCCCAGGACGAACUGCAGCAGGCCGGCAAUGGUGCUGGUAUCGACCGCAAGCGAUCACGCAUGAGCGCCGCUGGCGACGACGACGACGACGAUGAUGACAAGCCAAAUCGUGAGCGUCGCAAGAUCGAAAUCAAAUUUAUCCAGGACAAGUCGCGUCGUCACAUCACCUUUUCGAAGCGUAAGGCCGGUAUCAUGAAGAAGGCUUACGAAUUGUCCGUCUUGACUGGUACCCAAGUACUGCUGCUCGUGGUCUCCGAAACUGGUCUCGUUUACACAUUCACUACUCCCAAGCUACAACCCCUGGUGACCAAGCCAGAGGGUAAAAACCUCAUUCAGGCCUGCCUCAAUGCGCCUGAACCUUCUGCCGAAAAUGGUGUCGACGCCACCGACGUUCCCGCUGAGUCACCAGAAGAUGUCUCUCAUAGCACCGUCAACGCACAGCAGCCUCGUGCAGGUGGUAUCCAGCCUGGAUAUAUGACACAUGAACAACAGCAACAGAUGGCCUACUAUCAAAAUCUCCAGCAACAGCAAGCGCAAGCUGGCGGGCAGUACCCAGGAAUGCCCGUUGGAACUAGAAUGCCACCACAACAUCCGUCCACUGCUUAA